AUGGAAGCCUAUUUAGCUUAUGUAGCAAUUUCACAGGAUAAGAAACUGAGACUUGAGGAUGUACCUGUGUUUGUGAUAGUGUUCAUAGACGACAUACUAGUGUAUUCUAGUAGUGCGAAGAAACAUAAAGAACAUCUGAGGAUGAAAGAGCUAAACUUAAGACAGAGAAGAUGGAUCGAGUUGAUCAAAGAUUAUGACUGUACAAUUGAUUACCACCCAGCAUUAUCAAUUGGUCAAUCAGGAGGUUUACUAGCUUCAUUUCAAGUAUGUCCUACUCUCAUAGAAGAUAUUCUACAUGAACAUUUAAAGGAUUCCGAUCUUCAGAAGUUAGCUGAAGAAGUAGGUAAAGGAUUGAGGACAGACGACCAAUUAAGAGCAGACAAAGUGCUAUUAAAAGAAGGUAGGGUAUGCGUACCUAAUAACUUAGCACUUAAACAAGCUAUUCUAGAAGAGGCACAUAGUUCGGCUUAUGCUAUGCAUCCAGGCAGUAUAAAGAUGUACAGAUCAUUAAAGAGAUCGUACUGGUGGCCUGAUAUGAAAAGAGAAAUACCAGAGUAUGUUGACAGGACACCAGCAAGCUAUGAUGGUAUAUGGUUUGGGGCUCCAGUUUCAAUUGUAUCAGAUCGAGACUUCAGGUUUACAUCGAAGUUUUGGCCUUGUUUACAGAAAGCUAUAGGUACCAAGUUAUAUUUCAGUAUAGCUUUUCAUCCACAGACGGAUGGUCAGUCUGAGUGGGCAAUCCAGACAUUAGAGGACAUGCUGAGAGCAUGUGUAUUGCAGUUCAAGGGCAGUUGGGAUACACAUCUGUCGUUGAUCGAAUUUGCAUAUAACAACAGUUACCAUUCGAGUAUAGGAAUGGCAUCAUAUAAGGCACUAUACGGAAGACCAUGUAGAACUCCGAUAUGUUGGAAUGACGUCGGUGAAAGAAAAUUAUUAGGUCCAGAACUUGCGCAACAGACAUCAGACAGUGUUAAAAUUAUAAGAGAUAAUCUUAAGACAACUCGAGACAGGAAAAAGAGUUUACCGAUAAGCGGAGAAGAGAAUUGGAGUUUGAAGUUGGUGAUAAAGUUCUGCGAUCCACUAAAUUCCUCUGUCAACAUUGGGGCUUCCUUUUACACCACCGUGUCUGAGGUUACUGUCUUCUCAAGCUAUGAGACAUGA